UCACACUUGAACUUUGCUUGUCCCCAAGCAUACACUACUUGGUAGGUGGAAUGUGGAGAUAUAUGAUCAUUUAGUCGAUGCAUCGAUUGUAAUUUUAAAAAUACAUAAAUGAUCCACAUCGUGCAUUGAUCCACUAACUUCACAUUAUAUACUCAUCACUUCUUAUGUUGACUGUUGAUGAUAUCAUAAUAAACUUUCAUUGAGAACAAGUAACACAAGAAAAAUCCUUCAUUUUGGAAUUUUGUUAUAUUCUCAUCAAAGAUUUACACGAAUUCUCAAGUAUACUUUGCAUCAUACUUUAACUUCAAGAAGAAGGAUUAACUAUUAUUAGUAAUUCAGCAUAAUACUUUGUGAUCAACUGCAACAUUGCAAGGUUCGAGCCCAUUAACACUAGAUUUCGUCACUAUUCUUUUUGGUUCACCAAAAGUAAAUUGUUUAAUACAUCAUAUCACAAUAUCAAGUAUUGUCGAUAUGCUUCUAACAUUUGUCGUGGGUUAUGUAUUCCAACUACGGGUGAAAAUCAGUACGGUAUCAGUAUCUCAAUACCAAAUACCAAAAUCUCGAAUACCGAAUUAUACUCUAAAAUCAAUCUCAAUCCCAAUCCCUAAAUAAUUUCGAUAUCUCAAUCCCUAAAUAUUUCGGUAUCCCAAUCGGUAUUUCGGUAUCCCAAUCGAUAUUAUCGAAUAUGAAAGUAAUUACCUUUACAAUUAAUAAUUAAGUAUAUAAAUUAGAUUUGAUUAUUUAAUAUAGUAAAAAGAAACUAAGCAAAGAGUCAUGAGUUUGCUAGAGCUAGGAUAUGGAUAAGGAGAAUGGAGGAGAGGUGACAUCUCAAGUUUUUGUCAUUGGUAAUCUUUAAUUUGACGAAUUGGAGGCUGAGAGAUUACUAAUAUAUACUAGUGUUCGCUUUUUGGUAUUAUGAAAAUAACAAUAGAUUGGUGGUUGAGGGUUGUGUAGUAGUGAAUGAGAGAGUAUAGUUGAGAGGAUAAAAUAUACACUAGCUUAUAUUUCACUAUUGUUCGGUAUUUUGGUAUAUACUGAUCCCAAUCCUGUAAUCACUAAUACCGAAUAACAAUUGAAAUUGAAUCCCAAUCCCAAUCCCAAGUAAUAAUAUGUGUAUUCGGAAAUACCAAAUAUAGACAAAUUUGGUACGGUAUUCGGUAUAUCCCAAAUAGCAGUACUAAACUUCCAGUCCUAAUUCCAACACAUUAUCCUAACAAUAGAAAAAUGUUGUGUACAAUAUGUAACACAAUAUCACAAUAUUUUCGCCUGAUAAUUUAUUACUUUCUUAUCCAUUGCUACACCCAGUCAUUGGUUAAAUUUGGCCUUCGAUUGGGUGUAAUUAGAGUUGAGUCCAUUUUUUGGCAUUGUUGUUGCUGACAUUCUAGGUUAUCAGGAAAAGGUUUGGUUUGUUACUUCAGUCGUUUUGUUUUUGUGUGUUUGUGUUGUUGGCACACUCUUUGUCUUGAAGGGUGGUUUGUGUUUGUUUGAUUUUAUUUUGGGUAAUGUAUAUUUUUUAUCCAAACCUUUUUCAGAUUCUAUUAUAUUAUCCAAACCUAUCAAAAUACUGAGAAUUAGCCAAAUGUUGACUUUCAGUUAGUAAUUUUGUUAGUAAUAUUGACUUGGAAACAUGAUACUGACUUGGAAGAGACUCAUGAAGGUCGACAUUCAAAAUUUUUAAUAUUUUAACUAAGAAAAUAGUUACAAAAUUAUUAACGAUAAGGUAAAAAUGGCUAAUAUUUUGAUGCAUUAUGAAAAUUUUGGAUAAUUAAUAGAAUUUUAGUAGGUUUGGAUAAUAUAAAAGAAUCUGAAAAAGGUUUGGAUAAAAAAUAGACAUUACCCUUUUAUUUUUAAUGUUUUUGUCUGUGUAGGUAUCGAAUCAUGGAUCAUUAUGAUUUCACCAAAGUAUGGGGGUAUCCACCACCACCCGAAAGUAGUUACCCUAGGGCUUCAUGGAACGAUCAAGAUGGUGAGACUCAAGGAUUCGGGUUCUAUUACCAACCUCCUUUCCGAGAAGAACAACCAUACCAAUGGGGAUAUCAAGAAACUUCUCCAUACCAAUUGAAGAUUUCCCUCCACAAACCGAGGUGAAAUCCAAGUUGGAGUUGGGCAUGAAAGCUUUCAUGGGGCAUUCCUCAAGAUCAUGUCACUCCACAACGGAGCCAAAGAGCGAAGGAGCUCAUGGUGGAGCAAUUUAUCCGGUUCACUGACAAAGGAUGCUCCAAUGUGGAUCUACCAACUCGGAGAGGCUAGGAUGGAUUGUUGAGCAAGAAUGUACACAACUUGCUCACAAUCUCCCCAUACAAUUUGAAGAAUGACAGGAAGUCAAAGAGACAAGCCAAGAAUACUUUGGAUGGAUGAGCUCCGACAUGGAUUUACAACUCAUCCCUCCUCCUGGUUUGACAUUACAAGAGAAGGUGGCACGAGCUUGUGUAAGCCAACGCCUCCCAUCAUUGGAGGAGAAAAUAGGAGUUUGAAAGGGCGAUCAAACCGCAUGGAGCAAGAGGAACUCGCCCCCGAGAGCUCCCGCGGUGAGGAUGACCAAGAGAGUUGCAUUAAUGACUUUCACACCUUUCCCCUUUCUGAGAACAACUUUGAAGGCCAAGUCACGAGGGUAGAGGAGCAAGAGAACCCUUUCAAUAAUCUUUCAUGGCAUCGCACCCUCCAAACCUUGCUUGAAGUCAUGGAUGGGAAGGAUAAAGAAGAGGUUGAAGAGGAGGAAGUGAGCAUUGAAGAAGAGAAAUCCCAAGGGAAGGGAAAAUUUUUGAAAGAAGGAAGGGAGGUUGAGGUUGAAGAUGCAUAGGGUGUUAGAGAUGAGUUCGAGGUCGUGGUGGAUGAAGCAUAUACAAGUUACAAGUGCCACCAAAGGUUUCCAACCGACCUUGAUGCGCUACUCGAGAAAGACCCAUUUGCAGCUCUUUGCCAAGCCAAGGCCAAACCAUCAUCGAUCCCUCUUCGUGGAUACGUUGGUGGUUAAUCCAUGAGGUCUACAUGAUGUGGGGAAAAGAGAAUAAUGAAUAAAGAAAGAAGAAGAGGUCUCGUGCGCGGAGCCUCACUUCACACAAAGUUCAUGAGCCAUCUACACCAUUUGAAGCAUCCAAUGCUCGUGAUUUGCAACUCUACAUUACCGACGAGAACCUCAAAUUCAAGGAGGUUUUGGGAUGGACCGAGGCUUAAGCAUCACCGUCCGGCUCAUGAUGUUAUAGAAGCACUUGUUGGGAGGCACUACAACAACUAUGACUUGCAUUUCUUUUCCUUUCAAUAAGACAACCUUUGGGAC